CCAAUCACACAAACUUCCUUUCUCACACACACAUGUUGACUGAGACACUUUUACAACCGACGGGGACUCGAUGAAUGUUGAGCCACAGAAAGCCUUCAUUUCAAGUAGAUCUCUGAGAAGAAAACAAUGAACUAUCAGUCACUGCUGCUUUGGGCGUUGACAGCAUUUGUGAUCUGUCAGCGGGGAAACACUGAAAUAUCUCUGGUAAAGACUGCAAAUGGAAUUAAACUGUUCUGCCCAAAUUAUCACGUGGAAAGAACCGGUAGCAAUGAGCAAAACGAGAGUCUGGAGCUGGAGUACGAAGACGACAACUCAGGGGAGUACAAAUGUGUGGAACCUGGCGGUGGGGACACCAUCGACUCCAAAAUCUACGUGAAGUUUCGACCCUGUGACAACUGUGUUGAGAUCGACCCGGCUGUGCUAGCAGGACUAGUGGCUGCAAAUGUGGUGGCUACGAUCCUCGCUGCUGCGACCAUGUAUUCCAUCGCUGCACAUAGGAGGACUGCUGCAGACACUUCUAACAAGAAGAGUAAAUCUAUCUAUCUAUAA